AUGUCAGGCUCCGGGCGAAAAGACUUCGAUGUGAAGCACAUCCUGCGACUCCGCUGGAAACUCUUCAGCCAUCCCUCGCCGUCCCAGGGCGGCACGGCGGGGGGCGGCUGCCUGCAACAGGACGGCAGCGGCAGCUUUGAGCACUGGGGGCCCAGCCAAAGCCGCCUGCUGAAAAGCCAGGAGAGGGGCAGUGUCGGCACUUUCUGGAAGAAGCCUUCGUCUUCUUCCUCUUCUUCGUCAUCCUCCCCAUCGUCUUCCUCCUCUUCUUUCAAUCCGCUGAAUGGCACCCUGCUGCCAGUUGCCACGAGGCUGCAGCAAGGGGCUCCCGGGCAGGGCACCCAGCAGCCGGCCAGGACCCUCUUCUACGUGGAGUCCCUAGAAGAGGACUCCAUGGACUUCCCUGGACCACAAGAGAAAGGGCUGGUCCUUCAAGAGCUCAAAGUGGAGCCGGCCAACUCGAACCAGGCAACAGGUGAAGCAUGUGGACACAGGCUGUCAGCAACCAGCCAUUCACUGGCACCUCAAAGUGAUUUGGACUCAAGUUGUUCUGAAGAAUUCUAUCAAGCUGUUCACCAUGCUGAGCAAACCUUCAGAAAAAUGGAAAGCUACUUGAAACAACAGCAGCUCUGUGAUGUUAUCCUGAUUGUUGGAAACAGAAAGAUACCUGCACAUAGGCUUGUUCUGAGUUCGGUCUCCGACUAUUUUGCGGCCAUGUUUACAAGUGAUGUUUGUGAAGCCAAGCAAGAGGAAAUCAAGAUGGAAGGCAUAGACCCCAAUGCUCUCUGGGAUCUUGUCCAAUUUGCAUACACAGGUUGCUUGGAGUUAAAAGAAGACACUAUUGAAAAUCUGCUGGCUGCAGCAUGCCUUCUUCAGCUUCCUCAAGUAGUAGAAGUGUGCUGCCACUUCCUCAUGAAGCUUUUGCACCCAUCUAACUGUUUAGGAAUCAGGGCAUUUGCAGAUGCUCAGGGAUGCAUUGAGUUAAUGAAGGUGGCCCACAGCUACACAAUGGAAAAUAUAAUGGAAGUAAUCAGAAAUCAAGAGUUUUUACUCCUUCCAGCCGAGGAGCUCCAUAAACUAUUGGCCAGUGAUGAUGUAAAUGUUCCUGAUGAAGAAACCAUCUUCCAUGCAUUAAUGAUGUGGGUCAAGUAUGACACUCAGAGGAGAUGCAAUGACCUGAGUAUGCUCCUUGCCUUCAUAAGAUUGCCAUUGCUUCCACCACAGAUAUUGGCUGACCUAGAAAACCAUGCAUUAUUUAAGAAUGAUCUAGAAUGCCAAAAGCUGAUUCUGGAAGCAAUGAAAUAUCAUCUAUUGCCAGAAAGAAGAACUUUAAUGCAAAGUCCAAGAACAAAACCUAGAAAAUCUACAGUUGGAACUCUGUAUGCAGUGGGAGGAAUGGAUAACAACAAAGGAGCUACAACAAUAGAAAAAUAUGAUCUCAGAACAAAUCUGUGGAUCCAGGCAGGGGUGAUGAACGGAAGGAGGUUGCAGUUUGGUGUGGCUGUUAUUGAUGACAAACUCUUUGUAAUUGGAGGUCGAGAUGGCUUAAAGACAUUGAACACUGUUGAAUGUUACAAUCCCAAAACCAAGACUUGGACUGUCUUACCACCAAUGUCAACACAUAGACAUGGCCUAGGUGUAACAGUACUUGAAGGCCCUAUUUAUGCUGUGGGUGGCCAUGAUGGCUGGAGCUAUCUGAAUACUGUGGAGAGGUGGGAUCCACAGAGCCAACAGUGGACAUUUGUGGCCAGCAUGUCUAUUGCUCGAAGCACAGUUGGUGUAGCAGCAUUGAAUGGCAAGUUGUAUUCAGUUGGAGGUCGUGAUGGAAGUUCCUGUUUGAGUUCAAUGGAAUAUUAUGAUCCUCACACAAAUAAAUGGAACAUGUGUGCUCCUAUGUGUAAGAGGAGAGGGGGUGUUGGAGUGGCCACAUGUGAUGGCUUUCUUUAUGCAGUAGGAGGUCACGAUGCACCUGCUUCUAAUCACUGCUCCAGGCUGUUAGACUACGUUGAAAGGUAUGAUCCCAAAACAGACACCUGGACCAUGGUAGCCCCAUUGAGUAUGCCUAGAGAUGCUGUUGGGGUCUGUCUCCUCGGAGAUAGACUGUAUGCUGUUGGUGGCUAUGAUGGGCAGACAUACCUCAACACUAUGGAAUCCUAUGAUCCACAAACCAAUGAGUGGACACAGAUGGCUUCCUUGAAUAUUGGGAGAGCAGGUGCCUGUGUGGUGGUCAUCAAGCAGCCUUGA